GUAUGAGUCUUGUGUACACGAGUGAAUCUGUCACUUUUUGUAAUUUUAUUACAUCUAAUAUUCGCGAUCGCAAACACUUCUAAAAAUCCCCAGUAUGCGAUGAACAGAAUAAACAUUGGAGCAUCCACGACAAUCAAAUCGCAUCCGGCGCAUUCAACGUAACCCAGGGUGGGGUCUCGUAUCAGUUAACCCCAAUGAAAACCCCAUAACAUCGAGAACAUGAGUGGGAUCUGAAUAGAGAAGUCAAUUCCUUGGAAAAAAAGAGUGAAUAAAAAUUGAGUGACAAACAUGGCACGUCCAAUACUCCCGAGUCAACAGAAGUUGGCGGAGAAGUUGAUAAUUCUCAAUGACCGUGGGACUGGAAUGCUCACCCGUAUCUAUAACAUUAAAAAAGCAUGUGGUGAUGCUAAAUCAAAGCCCGCAUUUUUAUCCGACAAAACUCUCGAGUCAUCAAUCAAAACAAUCGUCCGUAAAUUCCCCAAUAUCGAUGUAAAAGGACUCCAGACGAUAACAAACCUGAGAAACGAGAUAAUCAAAUCCCUGUCCCUCUAUUACUACACAUUCGUCGACCUUUUGGAUUUCAAGGACAAUGUCUGUGAAUUAUUAACGACUAUGGAUGCAUGUGGAGUGCACAUGGACAUAACAAUAAACUUUGACUUGACUAAAGCAUAUCUGGACCUCGUGAUCACUUACGUGAGUUUGAUGAUACUUUUAUCGAAAGUUGAGGAUAGAAAAGCAGUGCUGGGGCUGUUCAAUGCUGCCCACGAGAUGGUGCACAGCCAGUCUGACCACAGUUUCCCUCGACUAGGUCAAAUGAUCAUGGAUUACGACAUGCCACUCAAGAAACUCUCUGAAGAAUUCGUGCCCCAUUCUAAAUUACUGAGAAAUGCAUUGACAUCUCUGUGGAACGUCUACCCAGGUAGGAAUCUCUCAGCAGAUACCUGGAGAGCUGAUCAGAAACUCAGUCUCGUUGGCAGUCCUGGGCAGAUACUCAAGGCAGCAGCAACAGACACUAUGUCCUGUGAAACCCUGAGUCUGGAUAGGAUUGAAAGAUGGGUUAUCCUGGGAUUCGCUUUGUGUCACUCAUUCCUGGCGCAGGAGCAGCCCAAUAAACUCUGGACAACAGCGCUGGAGUCUGGCUGGGUGUUGGCGUUAUUCAGAGACGAAGUUAUUUAUAUUCAUCAGUACAUUCAAUCCUUCUUCGAAGGGAUCAAGGGAUAUGGUAAAAGGGUGUCCGAAGUCAAGGAAUGUUACACUCAGGCGAUACAGAAGGCUGGCUACAGACACAGGGAACGACGAAAAUUCUUGAGGACAGCGUUGAAGGAAUUGGGACUGAUUUUGACUGAUCAGCCUGGACUGCUGGGUCCAAAGGCACUGCUGGUCUUCAUGGGACUGUCCCACUCUCGAGACGAAGUUCUCUGGCUUCUACGGCACGGAGACAAUCCACCAACACAGGGGAAAAGUAAAGGAAGGGGGAGUGAGGAUUUGGUUGAUCGACAGCUUCCAGAGCUACUUUUCCACUGCGAGGAACUACGAGCUCUCGUUCGAAAGUAUUCUCAAGUACUGCAACGAUACUAUGUCCAGUUUCUCUCUGGUUUCGAUGCUCCAGCCCUCCACCAGAUGAUUCAGAAUCUGCCAGUCUGUCCAGAGGACGAAGGGGCCAUUCUGAGUGAUCUCUGCUCAAUAAUAGCCAGUGUCACUGUUAAACAGGUAGAGGAGAAUGAAUUAUUCGAUUUUAGACCUUUGAGAUUGGACUGGGUGAGACUCCAAGCCUACAUGUCCAUCUCCAAAUGCAAUAUGAAUCUCAUGGACAAUCGGGAACUAGCGUGUUUCAUGGAUACUGUUGUUUUUCACACUAAAAUGGUGGAUAAUCUGGAUGAAAUGCUCGUUGAAACGUCGGACCUCUCGAUCUUCUGUUUUUAUAGUAAAAUAUUUGAGGAUCAGUUUCACAUGUGUCUGGAAUUUCCAGCCCAGAAUCGUUACAUCGUGGCUUUUCCAUUGAUCUGCAGUCAUUUUCAGAGCUGCACACAUGAACUUUGCCCGGAAGAACGUCAUCAUAUUCGCGAGCGAAGUCUCUCCGUAGUCAACAUGUUUCUCGAUGAAAUGGCUAAGGAGGCAAAGAAUAUAAUUACGACAAUUUGCGACGAACAGUGCAAUAUGAGUGAUAAGUUACUAGCUAAACAUUGUGCUCAAUUAAUCUCCCAGGUUGUUAAUCGUAAAAAAAAGGACAAGAAUAAGAAGAAUAUUUAUGAGAUACACAAGCCCGGCAUUGAGAGCUACAGAAAGACACGCGAGGAGCUCACGACAAUGGAUAAACUUCACAUGGCACUCACUGAACUGUGUUACGCUAUUAAUUAUUGUCCCACUAUUAACGUGUGGGAGUACACCUUUGCCCCACGUGAAUAUCUGAAUCAACACUUGGAGACGAGAUUUGCCAGAGCACUGGUGGGAAUGGUCAUGUUCAAUCCUGAGGCGAAUGAAAUUGCCAAACCUUCUGAAUUGUUUGUCAGUGUUAGGGCGUAUAUGAAUGUUCUUCAGACUGUUGAGAAUUAUGUACACAUCGAUAUAACACGUGUCUUCAAUAAUGCAUUGCUCCAGCAGACACAGGCGUUGGACAGCCAUGGAGAUAAAACCAUUGCUGCUCUGUAUACCCAGUGGUAUUCUGAGGUUCUUCUGAGGAGAGUCAGUGCUGGAAAUAUUUGCUAUUCACCCAAUCAACGGGCAUUCGUUAGUCUCUCUGUUGAAGGUGCUAUUCCGUUUAAUGCCGAGGAAUUUUCGGAUAUCAAUGAGUUACGAGCACUCGCUGAAUUAAUUGGGCCUUAUGGCAUGAAAAUGUUGAAUGAGACUCUCAUGUGGCAUAUUGCCAGUCAAGUCCAGGAGCUCAAGAAACUUGUUGCUGGAAAUAAGGAGGUUUUAGUUGCACUUAGGACGAAUUUUGAUAAACCUGAAGUUAUGAAGGAGCAGUUCAAGAAACUACAACAAGUGGAUAAUGUACUCCAGAGGGUCACCAUCAUUGGAGUUAUACUCAGUUUCAGGCAAUUGUCACAAUCAGCUCUUGUCGACGUUCUUGAGGAGAGAAUACCCUUUCUUCUGAGCUCGAUCCUCGACUUCAGACAUCAUUUACCCUCUGGUGAUCCCAUGAGAGUUGUCUCUGAAAUGACAUCUGCUGCCGGAUUAACUUGCAAAGUUGAUCCCACAUUGACAGCUGCAUUGAGAAGCCAAAAGGCGGAAGUCGAUGAGGACGAGCAUCUACUUGUUUGUCUUCUCAUGGUAUUCGUUGCUGUUUCAAUUCCAAAGUUAGCGCGUAAUGAAAAUUCAUUCUAUCGAGCUUCCCUGGAAGGACACUCGAACAAUAUCCACUGUAUGGCGACAGCGAUAAAUAAUAUGUUUGGAGCAUUGUUCACUAUUUGUGGGCAGAAUGAUAUUGAGGACAGGAUGAAGGAAUUUUUGGCUCUUGCGUCGUCGAGUUUACUCAGACUGGGACAGGAAACUGAUAAGGAGGCAACGAAAAAUCGUGAAUCAAGUUAUCUAUUGCUGGAUCAAAUUGUCCAGGAAUCACCCUUUUUGACGAUGGAUUUACUAGAGAGUUGUUUUCCAUAUGCCCUCAUACGUAAUGCCUAUCAUGACGUUUAUAAACUCGAGAAUGCACAAGCGUAAUUUAUUAUUUCCUCGGGUAACCGUCCCUUGAUCAACUCUUUGCAAUUACACAAGACUUCAUUUUCUUCAAUCCAAUGGGGAAAUUAUUAUUGAGAGCAUUAUUUCCUUCUCAAGUACAAGUAGCCUAUUUUUUAUCAUUUUUCUUUUCAAUAUCACUAUUUAAUCAUGAUUACUAUGCGUAUAUCGUAAUUAUAGAGUCACCGUAGAGUAAUAUAAUUUUAUGUUUCAGUAUUUUUUUUUCUUCAAUGGGUGUUUAUUUUUAUUUCAAUUUGAUAAAUAUACUUAAUGAGUUGGUCAUUCGUUCAUUGGAAUCAUAGGAAUUCAUGUCAUUUAAUUAGAAGGAGAUCAAUGAUAUGGUGAUGUAUCAACAAUGUAGUCAGCAUUUUUAAUGUAAAUUAAAACUAUUUUACAAUAGUUUAUAAAAUAAUAAUAAAGGCGUAAUUGGUGCCAAUUUUUUUGGA